UGGCGCCGUGGUGCCGCACCCAGUCCCCAGCUGGCCGCCCGCUACUCGACGACGCUAUCCCAAGUUCCCACAGAGGGUGAGGAUUGGAGUAGGUACGCGGGAGCGGCGGGGCGCUGCCUGAGACCGGAACCAUGAGGAGUUGCCGGACCUGUGGGGCGGUUAGCUGGAGCCGCCGCGGCACCUGCUGAGGAAAAGGGAGAGGCCGGCCGGUGAGGCGGCGGCGCGGUCGGGGCGCGGCGGAGGCUCGCCGGCUUCUCGGCCAUGUCACUGCUCUGCGUGCGCGUUAAAAGAGCCAAAUUCCAGGGUUCACCAGAUAAGUUUAACACAUAUGUGACCCUGAAAGUACAGAAUGUGAAGAGUACAACUGUAGCAGUUCGUGGUGAUCAACCUUCUUGGGAACAAGAUUUCAUGUUUGAGAUCAGUCGUCUGGACUUGGGUCUAAGUGUGGAGGUAUGGAACAAAGGACUGAUCUGGGAUACAAUGGUGGGGACUGUGUGGAUUGCUCUGAAGACUAUUCGUCAGUCAGAUGAGGAAGGGCCUGGGGAGUGGUCUACCUUGGAAGCAGAGACAUUAAUGAAAAAUGAUGAGAUAUGUGGAACUAAAAACCCAACUCCUCAUAAGAUUUUGCUUGAUACAAGAUUUGAGUUGCCUUUUGAUAUACCAGAAGAGGAAGCCAGAUAUUGGACCUAUAAAUUGGAGCAAAUCAAUGCUUUUGGAGCUGAUAAUGAGUAUUCUAUUCAAGAAGAAAGCCAGAGGAAGCCCUUGCCCACUGCUGCCGCCCAGUGUUCCUUUGAAGAUCCUGAUAGUGCCGUCGAUGACCGAGACAGUGACUAUCGCAGUGAGACCAGCAAUAGCAUUCCACCUCCUUACCAUACAACUUCCCAGCCCAAUGCUUCUGUUCAUCAGUUUCAUAUGCCAGUUCGAUUGCCACAGCAGCUACUGCUUCAGGGCAGUUCCCGGGACUCUUGCAGUGAUUCUAUGCAGAGUUAUGACCUCUAUUAUCCAGAGCGACAGGCCCUCAGGUGGUUUGAAACAACUGCAUUCUCUACAUAUCCUCAGAAAUAUAAUUCAAUAGAUAGAAGAAAAAAGAAGCCCUCUAGUAAAAGACAGCAAUAUGACACGAAGACUAACUCCAAAUAUAUAUAUCCUGAUACUGAAAAUUAUGACCACAUUGAAAAGAAGAAACAAAAUUACCCAGCUUUGUACUCCUACAAAGAUGGAUUUUUGAUUAAGAGUGGUACAUGGACUACCAAGAGGGAAAGUCAUGAUCUGCCCUGUUGCUUAAGAAACUGUGAAAAGUUACAUGGCUCAAACCAGCCUAACAUUAAUUUUUCUCCAUUAGAUAUUGUUGAAGAUUCUUCUAGUAGCACUUCUGAAGAAUUCUUGUAUUCCCCUAUUUCUGAUGAGCAGGAACAUUCACUGUCUCCAACAUGGGAUCCAUCCAGUAUCCAUCCUAUGGAAGAUUUUACUGAAGAAUGUUAUAUGACAAAUCCAACAUUGCAAUUACAAAGGAUGAAUUGUGAUACAAACCCAGUUGGAGAUCUGUUAAAGUGCUCAGUGGGAAAGCUAACUCCUUCUAUUGAGGAACCCAAAGAAGACUAUGUUGACACAAUAGAUGAGCUUCAGUGUUUGGUAGAAACUGUGUCAGAAUAUUUAGCAGAGAAGGAAGAAGAGAUCAAUAGAUUUAGUUCUCUUCCCAAAACUAAAAAAACACACAAAUGCAAUAAUACUGUUGAUAAUUCAGAACAGAAGAUGCUUGGUGAUCAAAUACCACCUCUAACUAAUAUAAAGAAUGACAGAGACAAAGCCAUUUCUUUCUCUGAGCUGAGUGGAGUAAAAAAUGCUGUUGGGUCUUUAUUUAAUUCACUAACAGAAAAGGUGGGGUCAGGCACAAAGCAUUUAUCAACUUCUGUGGAGAAACUAGUUUAUUUAGUUCCAGAAAAAAUAGAAACUCUUAAUCAAACAGAGACAAUUAAUUUAGGAUCGAAACCCAGUAAUAAGUCAGUAGUAGAGAAGGAUCUAUCCAUUCAACCUUCAUUUUCCUUUCCAACAAUUGAUAAUAAAGAUACCAGCAGAAAUGGCAAAACCUUGGAAAAAGAGCACACAAGCACCAAGAGUGAGAGUUUAAACUUCCAGGAUGUAACAGAGACUACUAGAAGGGAUUCAGUACCACAAAGUCAGAGUUCAGUUAUAAAGUCUGUUUUCAGCAUGUUAAAUCCACUAAAGAUCUUUUCAGAGAAAGAAGAGACCAAAAAAGAAGACCAGAGUAAGACAGCGAGGAAAGAAAGCUUUGUUGGUUUGGAAUCAAAUCAAAUGGAAGCUAUCUCUGUCAAUCACAGUAGUAGCUUUGGUGCUUUAUGUAAGAGUGAUGAAACCCCAGGUUUCCAAAUACAACCAACUAAAGAUUUAUUGUCCUCUCAUGUUGCCAAUGAACCUUCGAACAUAGCAAGUUGUACAAGUAAGAAAGAUAAUAUUGAGAGUUUGUUGGAAGGAAAAACCCCUGUAGAUUUGUCUCUGUUGCCAGAUCAAUCAAUAACAUGUGCUAAAGACAAUCCAGGACAUCUUUGUAUAGCCAGCAGUAGAACUGCAAAUGAAGAGGCUACUUCAGAGCCAUCAGAAGAGGACAAAAUUACUGGUGAUGAUGAUUUCCUUGAACCACUCAGAAAAUCAUUUAGCCAUUUUUUGUUCACAUCUCCUGAGACCUGUUCAAAGGAAACUUUGUCAGAGCCUGUGAAAACUCACCAGUUGGAGGAAGAUGGAAGGGAAAAAAGCCCUAAGAAAGAUAGUAAUUCCUUUUCGUUUAGUGGAAAACUAAAUAUCCCAUUUUUCAGAGUUCUUAGUCAUUCUGAAAAGCAGCAGGAUUUACAAGAAAAAGGAAGCAUUUUUCCUUUGUUUAAGUUUCCUUUUACUGACAGUCAUAGCACUGAUAAUGAACAGAGUUUUCAUGGUUCAGCAGCAGCCACUAACAAAGAGAUCCAAAGAAAUUGCCAUGAAAAUGCUAUACUUAGUUCAAUAAAAUCGAAUUCAGUUCCAAAUCAUCUAGGGGAACUGGGUAGUACAGAAGAAUUUAAUAACAUCCAGAUAAAUUAUCCGGAAGAUGUCAAACUUAGUAAAAUGAAGUGUAGUUCAGUUCCAAAUAUUUAUAAAGAUCCGGGGAAAUUCAGCAGUUCAGAGGAAUUAAGUAAGAAUGACCAAAUGCCCUGUCCUGAAGAUGCCAAACUUAAUAUAAUGAAGUCUGAUUCAGCCCCUAAUAUUAAUGAUUUUGAGAAACCUAGGACUAUAGAAACAUUAAAUCCAAAUGACCCUAUAGCAGUAGAGAAUGAUGAAAGUACUAUCUCUGGAGUUGUGCCCAAAGAACAUAGAACCUCAGAUCUUUCAGAAGAGCUGAAGGAUUUUGCACAAGUGACAUUUUCAGUAGCAUCAGACUUUUCAUUAGAGUUUAUUUCAACCACCUCAAAAUCUACUAGAGUUAAUGAAGACAAAGUUGAGGAUAAAACUUCCAAGAAAAUCACACAGGGAGGUUUCUUUUCUGGUUUGCUUAAUAGGUUUUCUUCUGAGAACUUGCCUACUCAACAAGAAUUAAAUAUGACAAAUGAUGACUCCAGUCACAAGAGUGGUACCUCAAGUUUAUUCUCUGGAAUAUUUAACUUUAUAUCAAAUAGCAAUAUGAGUGAUUAUAAGCCAAAUGAAAUAAAGGUUGUUUCUUUAGACAGUAUAAAAAGUUUGAAUGGAAAUAAGCAUUUAUCCUUGGAUGAGGUCUCUACUGCAUCAUGUGCGACUAUUGAAAAGCUGAGGAACCAGGUUGAAAACCAUAAAACUUCUGGUUUCCUAGGAAGCAUUUCAUUAUCUAAAGAAAACACACCAUCAUCUGAUAAUUGGGUCCAUAAUCAUCAUUGCUCUCCAGCAUGGAAAAGCCAGCAAGAUGAAAAGCAGUGUUCCUCUUCGGAGAAUGCAGUAUUUCAUUGUGCUCCCAGUUCUGAACCAUCUUUCUCAGAGAAUUCUUUGGCUAAGAGGCCAACACUAGACUAUCUUCUUCAAGAAAAACCACACGAAAGUUCAAAUAUGUUAAAUUUACAUGCACUAGACACUAGCACUUUAAAUAAGCCAAACCACUGUCAGGCUUUUGAAGAGAUGAACAAUUCUUUAUGUUUUGAAUGGGACUGUAAUACAAAAGAUUUUUCUAAAAAUUCCAGAAAACUCCAACCAGUUUAUCAUACAUUGAAUCAAAAUACAUUUCCAUCAGCAGAUGCUUUCUUGUGGCCUGACUCAGAAAACCCAGUAAUAAAUUUUUGCCAAAAAGAUCAAAAUGCAAAUAUCUUGGAAUGGAGAACAAAUCCAAACAGUGUCAUUUGGUGUGACUUACCAUAUGAAUCAUCUGAUCAGUUAGCAUUUAAUGAAGAUUACUUAUUAAGAGGUGAUAUGUGGGCAGCUAAUGCAUUAUAUGGAAAUUCUGGUUAUCUCUCAAAUAAUGAGACUAAGAAUUUGCCAGAAGAAUUACCCAUCGACUUAAGUUAUGCUUCACUUUAUGAGAAAACUAUGUGUUCCAUAAUUGAUCAAGAAUCUUUAAGAAUGGAAGAAAACUUUAUCUUUUCAAAUUUUGAUUAUGAGUACCAGGAAUGGAUGUCAUGCCUUGAAAAUGGCAUCUGGUUGUCCUCAGAGGAUGGGAAUUAUGGAUAUUAUAUGUUCCAUGAUGGUCAGUAUAUCUAUUCUCUCCUCACUGAUUCUACUGGUCAGUAUGUGUAUUUAUUUAUACCAGAUUAUUCUUAUGGAGAAUAUUUGGAUUAUGAUUUACAGACAAAUAAUCUGACAAGUAUGAUGUUUGAUGACAGCAUUAUUUCUGCCCAUAGUUUUCAAGUACAGGACAAAGAAGAUGAAAUAUUGUGGUAUGUGGAAGAAAGACCAGCUGAUAACCCUCUUGAUUUAUCUGUAGCUUUUCCAACAAAAGAGAGAUCAUUGUAUGUAAAUUUAGAAAAGUUUUCACAAGUACUAGAAGAGUCAGCUUUUGGCCAAAGGGAUCAGCCAUUAGAUUAUUCAGACUAUAAUCCUCAGAAGUUUAAAGGAGAUUUUAAAUCUUUCAAAAAAAGGACUAAUAGUUCUGGAGAUCUUGAAUGCAUACUGGAUCUCAGAAAUCACCCCCAAACUAUUAGUAGUCAUGUCUUAAAUAGAGAUCAAAUUAUAGGGAAAGCUAAGAACUGGCCUCUAGCUAAAGAUGCAUCUGCUCACCUUUCCACUUGCCAUUGGCUUCCAUCUUCUUCUAAAGAAGUUACCUCUUCAGUUCAUUCUCAAACUAUGAUUGGAGGCUCACAGCAAGCUGACAAAACAUCAAUGAAUAAUCUGACUCCAGUGUUUUCUGUUUUGGGUGCCUUGGUUGGAAGUUCUUUGAAUUUUGCUAAGAAUGAAUCUUUAGAGACUUUGGUCAUGCCAAAAUUGGAUCAGCAGUCAAAAUCAGUAGAGCUCACAAAUGAUGAUCAUCCACCAUUAAUCUUGAGUAAGCAGUUACAGAAUAAUUCCCAAAAGGAAGAAGAAAAUUAUCUUAAAGAUCCAGAGAGACAAACAAUAUUUGAUGUUCAACAACCAGAGCUUACUGAAAAUGUAAGGCAAGGAUUCCUUUUAAAUAAGAGCAGUCAUGUGAAAAAGCAAAGAUUGCUAAAAUCUAGUUGUCAGGUAAGUCAAACUACUCUUCAAUCUAAAUCAGAUAUAGAAGAUGAUAAAACCAUUACAUCUGACUCAAUUUCAGAUACUCUUCCACUACAGUUUAGUAGGGAGGAACACAAGAAUUGUGAGCUUUCCCAGGACCAAUCUUCCAAAGAGUCUGAGAAAACUUUGUUUAAAAGUGCAUUGAAACUUUUUGGUCGGCGAGAAGAAUCUUCAGUAAUGAUGAUGACAGAUGAAAAACAGCCACCUGGCUUUUUGAACCUCUUUAAAACCCAGGUGAAUAAAGAAGAAUCAUCAAACGUGGAAAGGAAUGGUGAUAAAACUAGGAAGCCAUUAUCUCAGGAGAAGAAAGAAUCAUCUGGUGUUUCAAAUUUUUUUGGUACCCUUGGAGAUUUCUUUAAAACCAAUGUAUCUCCUGUACAAAAGACUGAAAAUAUAACUAUUUCUUCAAUGAUUGAUGAAAAUGAGGUGAGGUCAAGUCCUAAUCCUGUUCAGCUAAAGAACCAGAAUAAUGGGAAUAUUCCUCCUGCCACAAUUUCCUCUAAAGGAAAGGUUAGAGUUAGAAGUUUAAACAAACAGACUACUAUUGAUUAUAGUGAACCAAGGGAAUCAUCAACUAGAGAUAUACAGGGUUUGGAUUUGAAUGAAAAAGAGGUACCCUUUAGAGAUCAGCAGUCAACAGAUACAUCUUUUUUAACAAAUAAUCUCCAAGAGUCUCCUAGAGAUACUUCAAAAGAAACUAGUGACAUGUCUGCAAUGACAGCAGCUCUGAAGUCUUUUGAUAAUCCUAGCCAAAGAAAUUUAAAUGAACAAAAUCAUUUUCAUGACAAAGACUGGAGUUUUUCAACUGCCACAACUUCUCCAUCCCAGCCAGAACUGCCAACAAGAAAAAGUGUAUUUUCCUUCUUAACUAGAUCUGAAAAAUAUGAGGACAGAGCCUCUGCUCCUCUACCAAGAGCCAAAUCUCAAGCAGAAGGGCUAUUCACACUUCCUUCCUUUUUCUCUGCCAGUAGGUCAAGCAUCAAGAAGGAUACCUCUCAUAAUAGUUCUGCCUUUAGUUUGUUCAACUUAUCAUUUUUGGAUGAAAAACAACAAUCUCCUGGGGAAAAACAAAGUGUUUCACCUGGUGUUCCAGUGAUUACUCAGCCCUGUAAGAAGCCAAGUGUUUUUGUAGACACCAGUGACACAUUGACUAAGGAAAGGCCCAGUAGUCAUAGAAAUAGCAUAGCCCAGGAAGAAGUUUAUGAACAGCAAACACCCCCUUGUACUUCCAUUAGUAAUACCAUUGAGGUUACUUCUUUUGCACAUGAGCCCAAUGUAGAGGGAAAUUUGAGUUCUAGUAAUGAGCUAGGAACAUCUUCAGAUUUUCAGUUGAAUCACUUACAAAAAGACAUUGUUUCUCCUCUACCAGAAUUUCAGGCACAGGCUAAAACAUUGCUUAUUGGCCCAGAGACCCUUGGUGAAGCUCCCCAUAAAGAUGAGGCUGUCAAUCAGAGUGCUUUACCCGAUGACAUACUGGCCAACUCUUUUUCUCAUGAGAACCAUUUGAAUGGAAAGCUCAAUGAUUUAGAUGCUUGUACUGAACACCAGAAUGAAAGAUUUAUCAUAGACACAUUAAAUUUACCACUAGAAAAGGGCCCUGAUGAGGUCUUACCACAGAUCUUCAAACCAAGUGCAGCUUCUCCAGUAUCAGAAUGUGCAGGGCGCCUCCAGAUUCAAGAAGUAGAUAAAGAGGAAGACAAAUCAGGCUCUACAGUAGAAAUGCUUUCAGGAUUUGUGACCAAAGUGAAAUCUUUCUCUGAGUGCUUAAUUGAACCCCCUAAAACCUUUUCUGGAUUUUUCUCCCCUAAAUCUCCAAAGAAAAAUUCAAUUUUUUCUCUUUCUUCUAAUACAUCAUCACAGCCCUUCAAAAGUGAGUUGUUUGGUAUUUUCAGAAGUCCCAAACCAGAGAUACCUAAACAAAACUCAUCUGUAGCUACAUCCUUGCUUCAAAAUGGUCAUUCUAGAGAUGCUGUGGUCUCAACACCUACAGAGUGUUUGCAUAGAGAAGCUACCUCUGCAGGACUCAAUUUAGAUUUAACUUCCAGUGACUGUAGAAUGUCUGGGAUUAAUGUAAAGCCAGAAUCAAUUACUGUGUCAGCCAAAAUGGAAACAAAUAAUAUUCCUGAAAAUAUUCCAGAACCCCCAAGUUUUGAGAUGGCUGCUACAUCUUCUGUCUCAGAGGAUGACAUGGGGCAAGGAGUAUUGUCUCUGAGUGAUGAAGGAGACAUGGGGAUUUUGCAGGGUACAGACACAGAAGCAUCAUUGGAAACAGAUCAAAUAUUACUGCCAAAACAGUUGCACUCAGAUCCUUCCAUGAUUGGUGAAGAUCUUUCUUCUCCAAGCCAAUUACCACUUCUUGAACCAGAGCCAGCUAUUCAGACUAUCUCCACAACUCAAAAUUUCUUAGAGUUGCAUUGUACAAAUUCAUUGGAAACUAAUAUUACAUUUGACAAAGCAAGUGUCAGUGAGAGCACCACACUGAAAACUCAAGAGUCUUAUUCUUGUCCUCUGCAGGAGGACUCUGUGCUUGGUGUCAGAGAAAAUGGUGCGAUACAUACUGUCCAGAAAGACAAAUCUAUAGUCCCCCAGGAAUCAGAGCAACCAAGACCUCCAUUAGAGAUCCCAACCAUGACCAGUUGGCCUAAACUCCACUUCCCUUCCUCCACUGCUAAUCAUGGGAAGACACUGAGUUCUUUCUUUUCCUCACCACCUUCUGGCAACAGAGCAGCAGACACUGGCUUAAUGUCCAGUUUCAAAAAGUUGUCAACUUUAUUUGAGGGAAGUAGCGAGGGGAAAGGAAGUAUGUUGGCAAGUGAUCUCAAACUAGGAUUUGGAAAGAAACUGGAUCUUUCAUUUCAAUGGCCAAAAGAGAAUAAAGAGGACCCUGAAAAAAUGCUUGCAGAAUCCACCUGUCCAGUUUUAGUUAUCAGUGGUGAUCAGGACCUGACUCCCAGUGAGGCUAAUAUAGCUUUGGAGUCUUCAGAAAUAACUGGGGCUUGUGCUGAGCCAAAUGAAGCCUAUACUCAGCACUUUGGGACCACUGAACAACUGGAGGCCAAGUCAAAUGUGUGUGCUGAUGGGCUUUCAGAGCCUGGAGAAGCAGAAAGUCAGCUGGAAAUUCCAGCAUCUGGAGAAUUCUGUGGUACCAAGGUCAACCUUUCUGGCUCUACCUGUCCUUCAGAGAAGCAUGAGGAAGAACACUGCACUAUUUUUGAGCUACUUCACAAGCCAGAAAAACAAGAAGAGGAAGUAGUGCCUGCUAGUACUACCUCUGUUUUGAAUGUACAGCAGCUAGUUACUCUGAAUGACUUCAAGGAACCGAUGACCAAAAAAAGCCCCACCAGCAGUAGUAGGUAUGGCUCUUCCUGUAAUGUGAGUCAAGGAAGCUCUCAGCUGAGCGAACUAGACCAGUAUCCUGAACAAGAUGAUGAUCGUCGGGAGAGGGACUCCAUUCAUUCCUGCCACAGCUCUGGUAGCCUCUCCAGAGAUAGCAAGCCCAAUUUUGGAGAACAAGAGAAAGCCUUGGAGGUGACAUGUGAAGCAGAAAAAGAGAGAAUAUGUGAACUCAAGGAGAUAAAAGAAGAUGCUACAAUCCAUCCUCCCUCAGAUCUGAUACUACACAAGGACCACAUUGUAGGCCCCCAGGAGAGUCUUCCUGAGGAGAAUGCAUCUUCACCAUUUACCCAAGCCAGAGCGCACUGGAUCCGAGCAGUUACCAAGGUCCGACUCCAGCUGCAAGAGAUUCCAGAUGAUGGUGACCCAUCUCUGCCUCAGUGGCUUCCAGAAGGGCCAGCUGGAGGGCUCUAUGGCAUUGACAGUAUGCCAGAUCUACGCAGAAAAAAGCCAUUGCCUCUUGUCAGUGAUCUGUCACUGGUCCAGUCCCGGAAGGCGGGGAUUACUUCUGCAAUGGCUACACGUACCUCUCUCAAGGAUGAAGAGCUGAAAUCCCAUGUAUAUAAGAAAACCCUGCAGGCCUUAAUCUACCCCAUCUCCUGUACUACACCUCACAACUUUGAGGUCUGGACAGCUACUACUCCCACCUACUGCUAUGAGUGUGAAGGUAUGCUCUGGGGCAUUGCCCGGCAGGGCAUGCGCUGCAGUGAGUGUGGUGUCAAGUGCCAUGAGAAGUGCCAGGACCUGCUCAAUGCUGACUGCCUGCAGCGCGCUGCAGAAAAGAGUUCUAAACAUGGAGCUGAGGAUCGGACCCAGAACAUUAUCAUGGCCAUGAAGGACCGCAUGAAGAUUCGAGAGCGGAAUAAGCCAGAGAUCUUUGAAGUUAUCCGGGAUGUCUUCACAGUGAGCAAAGUUGCCCAUGUUCAGCAGAUGAAAACGGUGAAACAAAGUGUACUAGAUGGGACCUCCAAAUGGUCAGCCAAAAUUACCAUCACGGUGGUGUGUGCCCAGGGCCUACAAGCCAAGGACAAAACAGGAUCCAGUGACCCUUAUGUGACUGUGCAAGUUGGCAAAACCAAGAAACGUACCAAGACCAUUUUUGGAAACUUGAAUCCUGUUUGGGAGGAGAAGUUCCAUUUUGAGUGUCACAAUUCUUCCGACCGCAUUAAGGUACGUGUGUGGGAUGAAGAUGAUGAUAUCAAGUCCAAAGUAAAACAGCGGCUAAAGCGAGAGUCUGAUGAUUUUCUCGGCCAAACUAUCAUUGAGGUUCGGACACUGAGUGGCGAGAUGGAUGUCUGGUACAAUCUGGAGAAAAGGACAGACAAGUCAGCUGUCUCAGGGGCUAUCCGACUACAAAUCAGUGUGGAGAUCAAGGGAGAGGAGAAGGUAGCCCCAUACCAUGUGCAGUAUACAUGUCUCCAUGAGAACCUUUUCCAUUUCCUCACAGACAUUCAAGGCAGUGGAGUAGUCCGGAUCCCUGAGGCUCGAGGAGAUGAUGCAUGGAAGGUUUACUUUGAUGAGACAGCCCAAGAAAUUGUGGAUGAGUUUGCCAUGCGCUAUGGCAUCGAGUCCAUAUACCAGGCCAUGACGCACUUUGCAUGUUUGUCAUCAAAAUAUAUGUGUCCUGGUGUGCCAGCCGUGAUGAGUACUUUAUUGGCCAACAUCAAUGCCUACUAUGCCCACACAACUGCCUCCACCAAUGUCUCUGCAUCUGAUCGUUUUGCAGCCUCAAACUUUGGGAAAGAGAGAUUUGUUAAACUGCUGGACCAGCUCCACAACUCACUGCGGAUUGACCUCUCUACAUAUAGAAAUAACUUCCCUGCUGGAAGCCCUGAGAGGCUUCAGGAUUUAAAAUCUACAGUGGAUUUGUUGACUAGCAUCACCUUUUUUAGAAUGAAGGUACAAGAACUGCAGAGCCCUCCAAGAGCCAGCCAGGUGGUAAAGGAUUGUGUGAAGGCUUGUUUGAACUCUACAUAUGAGUAUAUCUUCAAUAACUGCCAUGAUUUAUACAGCCACCAAUACCAGCUGAAUCAGGAGCUACCUCCAGAGGAACAAGGACCCAGCAUUCAGAACCUAGAUUUCUGGCCCAAACUCAUUACACUCAUUGUGUCAAUCAUAGAGGAAGAUAAGAAUUCCUAUACACCUGUUCUGAACCAGUUUCCUCAAGAGUUGAAUGUGGGAAAAGUAAGUGCAGAAGUGAUGUGGCAUCUGUUUUCCCAAGACAUGAAAUACGCACUGGAAGAACAUGAGAAAGGCCGGCUCUGUAAGAGUGCUGACUACAUGAACCUGCACUUCAAGGUGAAGUGGCUCCACAAUGAAUAUGUUCGGGAUCUGCCUGCCCUCCAGGGGCAGGUGCCUGAGUACCCAGCGUGGUUUGAACAGUUUGUACUCCAGUGGCUAGAUGAAAAUGAGGAUGUGUCCCUGGAAUUCCUUCGUGGGGCUCUGGAACGAGAUAAGAAAGAUGGGUUCCAGCAGACAUCAGAGCAUGCACUGUUUUCCUGUUCUGUGGUGGAUGUCUUCACACAGCUCAACCAGAGCUUUGAGAUCAUCCGGAAGUUGGAAUGCCCUGACCCCAGCAUCCUUGCUCACUACAUGAGGAGAUUUGCUAAGACCAUCGGGAAAGUACUGAUGCAGUAUGCAGACAUCUUAUCAAAGGACUUUCCAGCUUAUUGUACAAAGGAGAAACUGCCCUGCAUCCUGAUGAACAACAUGCAGCAACUAAGAGUCCAACUGGAGAAAAUGUUUGAGGCCAUGGGAGGUAAGGAGCUGGACCCUGAAGCUGCAGACAGUCUGAAGGAGCUGCAAGUGAAACUGAAUACAGUUCUGGAUGAACUCAGUAUGGUGUUCGGAAACAGCUUCCAGGUGCGGAUUGAUGAGUGUGUUCGACAAAUGGCCGACAUCCUGGGCCAGGUUCGGGGCACAGGGAAUGUAUCCCCCAACGCUAGGGCCUCAGUGGCUCAGGAUGCAGAUAGUGUGCUGAGGCCUCUUAUGGACUUCCUGGAUGGCAACCUCACACUCUUCGCCACUGUAUGUGAGAAGACUGUUCUGAAGCGAGUCCUGAAGGAGCUCUGGCGGGUGGUAAUGAAUACCAUGGAAAGGAUGAUUGUUCUGCCACCUCUCACUGAUCAGACGGGCACCCAGCUGAUCUUCACUGCUGCCAAGGAGCUGAGUCAGCUUUCCAAACUCAAGGACCACAUGGUGCGAGAGGAAACACGUAAUCUCACUCCAAAGCAGUGUGCUGUCCUUGACUUGGCCCUGGAUACCAUCAAGCAAUACUUCCAUGCAGGAGGCAAUGGACUAAAGAAAACCUUCCUAGAGAAGAGCCCAGAUCUGCAGUCUCUGCGUUAUGCCCUAUCCUUAUACACACAGACCACGGACACUCUCAUCAAGACAUUUGUGCGCUCACAGACUGCUCAGGGGUCUGGUGUGGAUGAUCCUAUGGGAGAAGUCUCUAUUCAGGUGGACUUGUUUACACACCCUGGUACUGGGGAACAUAAGGUCACAGUGAAAGUGGUGGCUGCCAAUGACCUCAAGUGGCAGACAGCGGGUAUGUUCCGGCCUUUUGUGGAAGUGACCAUGGUUGGCCCACACCAAAAUGAUAAGAAGAGGAAAUUCACAACCAAGUCCAAAAGCAACAACUGGAGCCCCAAGUACAAUGAAACAUUUCACUUCCUCCUUGGAAAUGAAGAGGGUCCAGAGGCCUAUGAGUUGCAGAUCUGUGUGAAGGAUUACUGCUUUGCCCGAGAAGAUCGUGUGAUAGGGCUGGCAGUGAUGCCUCUAAGGGAUGUGGCAACUAAGGGUAGCUGUGCCUGCUGGUGUCCCUUGGGCAGGAAGAUCCACAUGGACGAGACAGGCAUGACCAUUCUUCGGAUUCUAUCUCAGAGGAGCAAUGAUGAGGUGGCCCGCGAAUUUGUGAAACUUAAAUCAGAGUCUCGAUCCACAGAAGAGGGGAGUUGAACACUCCUGGCUUAGUGCCAACCAGGUGACACCAAUUACACAAAUCCAAGCCAAUGGGAGUGGCCAGAUUAGGGUCCUUGUGGACGAGAGGCUGACCCUUUCACUAAGAAUAUUAAGGAAAAUUUGAGGAUAGUAAGAGUAUGGCUUUUCAUUGAAACUGACUAGCAGGUAUGUGGUGCUAGGAGCUGAGCUACAGAAGCUACUAUGGGGAGAAGUUUUCCAUAAAAA